CAUCAAAAGUCAAUCAUCUAAAAACCACUCUGUUUUUGGCAAACUCUCUCUAUAAAACCCCCCCAAUUCCUUCACUUCCUUCUUCAUCCAAUUCCUGGUCUCUUCAUUACAACAUGAACAUUUCAAUUUCCUCUGCUUUUAUCUUCCUAACAAUCCUCACUUCCCUUCAAUUCCCUUCAAUUUUCUCUCGCAAAUUAACACAAUCUCCUUAUUCCACUGCCAUUUUCGAUGUCUCUGCCUCCACAAAACAAGCCCAAAACGCCCUCUCCAUUAAACCCAAACCUUUUGAAACUCACUCUCACCAUCCAAAUUCCCCUUUAUCUCUGCCAUUGCACCCCAGAUUAACCCUUUAUAACCCUUCUUACAAGGACUACGGUAGCCUCGUCAGGGCUCGACUCGCCCGUGAUGCUGUUCGAGUUCAAUCUCUUAACCGAAAUCUUGAGCUCUCUUUAAAUGGGGGCCAAAAAAUUGGUGCAGGAAUUAAUGGGUCUGAGUCUGCAGAUUCAAUUACCGCUCCGGUUGUUUCAGGGCAGAGUCUGGGUAAUGGCGGCGAGUAUUUUGCCCGGAUUGGCGUCGGUCAGCCUGUGCAAUCGUUUUAUUUGGUGCCUGAUACUGGCAGCGAUGUCACGUGGCUUCAAUGCCAGCCUUGCGCUGCUGAGAAAGCUUGCUAUAAACAGAUCGACCCGAUAUUUGACCCGAAAUCGUCGUCUUCUUACACUGCUCUGUCUUGCAAUUCACAACAAUGUCAAUUGCUAGACAAAGCCAAUUGUAAUUCCGAUGUCUGUCAGUACCAAGUCAAUUAUGGAGACGGCUCAUUCACGACCGGUGAACUCGCCACCGAAACGCUGUCGUUUGGGAAUUCCAAUUCCAUACCUAACCUCCCAAUCGGGUGUGGCCACGACAACGAAGGCCUCUUCGUUGGAGCCGCCGGUUUGAUCGGCCUCGGCGGUGGGGCCAUUUCCCUUUCUUCCCAACUAAAAGCGUCGUCGUUUUCAUAUUGCCUCGUCGACCUAGACUCAGACUCGUCCUCCACUCUUGAGUUCAAUACGGACCGACCCAGUGACUCACUCACCUCUCCACUCGUGAAAAACGAUCGAUUCCACUCGUACCGGUACGUGAAAGUCGUGGGAAUGAGUGUUGGCGGGAACCCUUUACCGAUUUCAUCGACGAGAUUUGAAAUCGACGAAUCGGGAUUGGGGGGAAUAAUCGUAGACUCUGGGACGACUAUAACACAGCUACCGAGUGAUGUGUAUGAAUCGUUAAGAGAGGCGUUUGUGAAGCAGACGAGCAACCUCCCGCCGGCACAAGGGAUAUCAUUGUUCGAUACGUGUUACGAUUUAUCAGGUCAGUCGAGUGUGGAGGUGCCGGUGAUAGCAUUUGUUCUGCCGGGAGAAAACUCGCUACGGCUCCCGGCAAAAAAUUACUUGAUCCCAGUGGACUCGGAUGGAACUUAUUGCUUGGCCUUUUUUAAAACAAGAUCGUCGCUUUCUAUAAUUGGGAGCUUUCAACAACAAGGAAUACGUGUCAGUUAUGACUUGGCCAAUUCCCUUGUCGGAUUCUCAACUAAUAAGUGUUAGUGUUGUAAACUUAAGACUCAGCUGCCGCCAUGUGGGAUUAUAAUUUGGCUUAAUUACAUUAUUCUAAGCCAAUAAAAUACUUUUGCUUAUCAUAAUGUCUAUGAAAGUUUAAUUAAUAGUGGGUUGAAUUAAGCAAAAUUAUGUCCAAGUAGUUUCUUCAUAUUGAUAUUGUUUUAAUCCAUGUUGACUAAGGAGUCAACCAAUUCUG